CGCCUCCCCUACCCGCCUCUCCAGGCCGCGUGCACCCCACGCCACCGCGCGGAUGCGAGCCACACGUCCUGGCGCGGACGCCGAGAAUCGCCGGUCGUCCGUGCCUUGCUGCUCCCUUGCGAACCCUAGCCUCCGGCCUAUAAAGACCCCCAGGCGCCUCACCCUUCUCCUCCCCUUGCGCCGCCAGGGGCUUGCCCCAUCCACCUUCCACCACCACGCGCUGCAGCGCUGUCAAGAAAGAAGAAGAGGGAAGGAGCAGAGGAGAGAUGGAGCCGGAGAAGGAGGAUGACGCCGCGGCCGCCGAGCUGAGGGCGCCGCUGGGAACGACGCCGACCGCGCCGACGCCGGACCGGAGCUGCUGCCGCGGACGACGACGCCGACAACCGCGAGACGGAGGAGCGCGUCGCUGCCGAGCCAGGGGAACCGCGAGCUCGCCGCGACACCGGUCUGCUGCCCCUGCACCGAGCCGGCCCUGCCUCACCUCGCCACGGCCCCCACGCCUCCCUGCAUCGCCUCGAACCCCCACGAGCCCAUCAGUGAGCCAUCCAUCCAAGCUGCUGCCUUUCUUCUACCACAACACGGCUGCCAUCCACCUCGCCUUCAACACGUGUUCGACGAAAUACCUGACCGGCCCCGUCAAGCCCCUAGGUGAGCCAAGCCCCCGCCUUUUCUCUGUGUCCGGCCUUCGUGCCGAGGAACCGUGCCGCUAUGCCGCAGCCCCGCCGUCGCUUGUGAGCCGGCCUUCAAGCCGCGCGCCUUCUUCUGCAGGUGCCGCUUCCCUUCGUUGCCGCUGAGCUCUAGCAGCUGUGCGCCGCCGCGGACUCGCGUAGCCGAACGCCCGCGCGCAUGCUACAGGCACGUCGCGGCCGUGGGACACCACGUUGCCACGCACGUGCACACCCCUUGGCCAGCCGAACUGCUUCGCCUUGCUCGUGACUCCGCGCAUGCCGACACGCCGCCCAGCCAUCGCCUUGCCGCGGACCUAGUUUUGCCGAGGCCCCGCGUUCCUGCAGUUCGUCGUUGGCCAUCUUGUUGUUGCCGCUGCCUUGAGCCGAGAACCCAGCCAACCCUUGCUGACACCUUGCUUCCUGCCUGCGAACAUGAAGUCCUAGCUGAACCUGCACAAACCCGUAGUGCUAGCUUAUGUUCGGACCACAUCCAUACGAGCAGUAAGCGAGGUACCAGCUAUCUAACUUUUAGCCUUUUGCCACGCCAUGUCCGUGCUCUAGUGAUCCACCUGCGUGCUAGCUUGCAGUGUGCCCUGCUCAAACCUGUAGAGCUCGUUGGUGUUCAGGCCAAAACCUUGCAAGCUGUGGCCUUAUCUGCUUGCUUGUGCUCACGUAGGCCAUGGGUGUUCUAACUCCACCAUGACCCUUAGCCUUGCUUGCCUGUGCGUUGCAUGCUGCUUGUGCCCAGCGUUCGACCUCACCGCGGGUUCAAGCCAUUGAUGUUCCGCGUCCUACUGGCUGUCCUGCAGCCAACCGCCGUUGCUCAGCCUGCGUGUGCGUGCUCAUCGUGCUCGCUGGCGCCACGACAACGAAGACAAGCCCAGCCCUUCCACGGCCGCUGCCUACGCGUCACGCACGAACACCUAGCAUGCGCCCAAGCCUAGAACCACCGCUGUGCCGUGUGCAACCGUGAGACAGAUGCCCUUGUGGCAUUUGAUCGAGCACUCUGCUAGCAACCCUGGGAGUUGCACUCAACCCGUAGUGCAAGCUUGUGACCAUGGGAGAUGCAGCUGGAGUGUGAUCACCUAAGAGCAACUCCAAGAGAUUUCUUAAAUUACCCCUAAAACCUUAAUUAGGAAGAAAUAGGGAAAAAAGUUGCUCCAACAGAUCCCCUAAACCUCCCGCAAAUUUACAUCCACCCGCAUCCGAUGCUAUUUUUCCCGUAAAUAUGCGGGGCGCUACUCCUCCCCCAAUCCCCCCGCGCGUGCCUGCGAUAGCCACUUGCACCUUUUUUUUUCGCGCACGCCAUUUCCCUGUGCGUCAGCAGCGGCGGCGGCCUUCCCGAGCGGCGGCGGCAGCGGCAGCUCCGGCCCCAGGUCUUCCCCGAGCGGUGGCGGCCUUCCCCGAGCGGCAGCGGCAGCCCCGGCCCCAGGUCUCCCCCGAGCGGCGGUGGCGGCUCCGGCCCUAGGCUUUCCCCAAGCGGCAGCGGCGGCGGCGGCGUAGGCCUUCCCCGAGCGGCGUGUUGUCGUCUUGGCUGCGAGAGCUCCUUAUGAUUGCAAAUGAGCUUUUGACCGACCUCGGAGAACAACCUCAGCAGCGAGAUCCUGUAGUGCGGGUAGCUGAGCACGCUUCCCGCGAGCCAGUACGCGGGCAACCUGGGCCUCUGCGGCAUGCCGCUGCGGCAUGCCGCUGCUCCCGUGCGGGCCGCCGCUGAGGACCACCGCCUCCUCCGUCCUAGCGGAGCCGGACGGCGGUCGGUGCGGAGCCCCGUGGGGCGCGAUCCUCGCCAUGCUCGUCGCCGACGUGGUGGCAUGCGGCCUAGCGACGGUGUGCGCCGUGGUGGCACGCGCGCGGCGGAAGGAGGCGCGCGAGGUGCGGAUGCUGAGCAACCUCCAGGACGAUACCCUCACGGCGAUGGUCUGGAAGCUGGGCAAGGCGGAGAAGGAGGCGCUGAGCAUCAACUUGACCACGUUCCAGCGUCAGCUCCGGUGGCUCACCUUCACGCAGCUGAUAGAGGUGACGAAUGGGUUCUCCGCCGGCAGCUUGGUAGGGUCCGGCGGGUUCGGCGAGGUGUUCAAUGCGACGCUCAAGGACAGGUCCCGCGUGGUGAUCUAGAAGCUGAUCCACCUGAGCUACCAUGGCGACCGCGUGGCCAUUUGCUCGUUCAUUCCCUCACGUAUACAUGCAGUGGUACAGCAAACCGAGACAACUCUUCCUUAUGCAUGAACAGGAUGUGUGAUUACCUGGGUUAUCAAGUUGCCAAGUAUGAACAGGAUGAGCAGGAGAUCGCGAGGGGCCGCGCGCGGAGUAGGAGGAUGUCGCGAGGGGGAGCUGUCCCCUGCGCGCGCCAUGGGAGGAACCAAAGGAUUCGGGGGAUCCUGAAGACCGAGCUACGACCCUGAGGACUACCAGGACCCUGACUUCACCGGAGAGGACUUCAACAAUGACGAACAAGGUGUUAUGUCACUCCCAAUCUUAUAGAUCCUAUGCAUACGUAGUUGCUGACGCUUUGUUUAUGAUGCCUGGAUGAUGAUUGAUUGCAUAGCCUGUGUUUCUAGCCAUACCUUGAUAAUUGAUUAUCUUGUUUUCCUUGUGUUGACGCAAAAUCCUGACGGUGGUGGACCCUGCAUCACCACAUGAGGACCUGGGAGAUCUGCUUAACUCCAGUGCAAAAUUCAAAUCGGCGCGCGUGGUGUGCGCGGGCGUGCCAGUCAGUUUGACCAUUCAACUGACAAGGUGGAGAUAAUUCUCUCGAAGUUCGAUGGAGUCGGUCGAUCGGGCCGAUAUGAUCCUUGAUGUGAUAACCAUCAGCUAGAGAGCCGAUAGGAGACAGAGCACCGUCGAGUUCUUGCUCCAUCAUAGCCAGAGCCACAAGCCGAUGGGAUCUAAACUAACGUCACCACCAAUAUUUCUAGGCGAAACCACAACGAUGCGCCUGGUAGUUGCAUCCUAGAAACACAUAGCAGGACGUCAGUCUAAACCCUGCCAACCGAUGAAUCUAAUCAUAAUGAAACUCAAUUCGGCACUCGA